AACCCGCGGUUGGUGAAAUACCACCGUAUAAAACCCCCAUCGCGUCCAAAUUUUCUCCACGUCCAUUAGCAUCACCGCAAAAUGUCGCCGGAGCAAUCAGCCGCCCCACCCCCACCGCCGCCUAACUUCUGGGGCGACAUGCCGGAAGAAGAAUACUACGCCUCGCAAGGCGUCCGCAACUCCAAAUCCUACUUCGAGACCCCACACGGCAAACUAUUCACCCAAUCCUUCCUCCCCCUCGACCCUACCCUACCCAUCAAAGCCACCGUUUUCAUGAGCCACGGCUAUGGCUCCGAUACCGGCUGGGUGUUCCAGAAAAUCUGCAUCAGCUACGCCAAUUGGGGCUACGCCGUCUUCGCUGCCGAUCUCCUCGGCCACGGCCGCUCCGACGGGAUUCGGUGCUACCUCGGUGAUCUGAACAAGGUUGCAGCUGCUUCUCUGUGUUUAUUUAAGAGCGUGAGAGUUAGUGAUGAGUAUAAGAAUUUGCCGGCUUUUCUGUUUGGAGAAUCGAUGGGUGGGCUUGCAACUUUGUUGAUGUACUUUCAGUCGGAGAAGGAUCUGUGGACUGGGUUGAUCUUCUCAGCGCCGUUGUUUGUCAUUCCUGAGCCCAUGAAACCAUCUAAGGUACACUUAUUCAUGUACGGACUACUGUUCGGAUUAGCUGACACAUGGGCUGCGAUGCCGGACAACAAAAUGGUGGGCAAGGCAAUUAGGGACCCUGAGAAGCUGAAGAUCAUUGCAAGCAAUCCCAGAAGGUACACUGGGAAGCCUAGAGUGGGAACAAUGAGGGAACUAGCAAGACAGUGCGAGUACGUGCAGAACAACUUCGACAAGGUCACUGUGCCGUUUUUGACUGUACACGGGACAGCGGAUGGGGUGACUUGCCCAACGGGCUCAAAGAUGUUAUACGAGAGGGCGAGCAGCGAGGACAAGACACUGAAGCUGUAUGAAGGAUUUUACCACUCCUUGAUACAAGGUGAGCCCGAUGAGAGUGCCAAUCUUGUGUUGGCUGAUAUGAGGGCUUGGAUUGAUGAAAGAGUUGAGAGAUAUGGCUCAAAAUGUAACGGCAAUAAGUGAUGCCAGGGAUGAGGUUUGGUUGGUCUGUUGUGGGCUUUAAAGAAAUGUGGUUGGGACAUAAUGCUAGGAAGAUGGAAAUGUAUUGGGACAUGGGCUGGAUACAUGGAAAUGUGUUGUACGAAUUCUAUUAACAUUUAAUACAUAUUUCUUUGCUGGAAUUUA